CCACUGUCUCCCUUCCUUCCUUCCCGUCCAUCAGUUCCCCCACCAAAAACUAGGGUUAGGGUUAGGGAGGCGGCGGCUGCUUUAUUCCCGAUGCCGAUCGCCAUGGACACUGGAGGCGCGCCGGAGCCGGAGCCGGAGGAGGAGACCGUCGUCCUCCCUCAUUGGGUGAUGCUGGACCGCAAGGGCAACACCCUCUGCCACAACAGUCUAGAAGCUGCUCGUGUGGCUGUCGACAAGGACAAGACCGCCGCUCCGGUCGACAUGGACGGCGGCCCCUCCUGCUACGUGGCCUUCACCCUCGCGGCUCCUCAAAAAGGGAUCUCCUGCCUCAACCUCCACUUGCCGGAGGGACCUCCAAUUGCCUUAGACACCCCGCCCGCCUAUGCCUUCCUCCGGGCAACCGACAACAACCUCGUCCUCUUUGACAUCUCCAACCCGCAGAAAAAAGUCCUCUUCGACAUCUCCAACCCGAGCCAGAGUUGCUACUGGGAGCCCCCGGCAGAUCUGUUCGUCUACAAGGCCGGCGGUCCUCGCCCCUCGGUGCAGCGGCUCCCACCCUACACAAUCGAGAGCAACAUGCCGUUCCUGAUGGGUUUCGUCACCACAGGCAUCCUGCGGCUCAAAGAUGAGGAUCGCUACAUCGUUGCCGAUAUCAAUGUCUACCGCGGAAAAAAUGGUAUGUGUGCCCAACUCUGCGUCUUCCGCUCUGGGGCUAAACAGUGGGAACUCAGCCCCGAGAUGCCUGCCCCUCAGCCGCAGGACCAGAGCAAUGGCGGCCAGUUCCCCAACCUCUGGUCAACCGACAAUCUGCUUGCUUUUGCCGGCCGUUUCCUGUGCUGUAUUGACUACAUGAGUGGUGUUCUGCUAUGUGACUUCGUGAUACAAGACUUGUCCCCAGUGCUCCGCUUUGUGCCUUUCCCUGGGAAAAAUGAUUUCUCUGAUGAGGAACGGGUUGAAAGGCGCUUCCCUGACAGAUUCCGAAGUGUGUCCAUCAGCCAAGGCAUGCUGUGCUUUGUGCACAUUGACAAUGACUUCCAUGGGCCGCCUCCUGCGAGAAAAAGCCGAGGCCAGCAGAAGCGGCCUACCCAGGAAAUCACCGUUUGGACGUUGGACUCCAACAAGUUCGAGUGGAAGCUACAUCAUGUGAUCAACCUGGAUUCUCUCUGGGCGCAACCUGGCUACCUAGAUCUGCACAUAGAUCAGCGUCUUCCUGAGUUCCCAACCAUCAGCUUGGAUGACCCGAAUGUUCUUUGCUGCCUGUUAACAGAGGAGGAGUUUGAUGGUGAUGGGUGGAAUAUCAUGGUUGGCAACAAUGCACAUCUGCUGUCAUGUGUCUCUCUGGGUGCGGAACAUCGCCAUAACCACCUUCCUGAUACCUCCCCACUUCCAACUGUCUUCUGCAAAUACCUUGAAAGGCCAACAGGUGGCUUGGUGUCUAAUGCUAGGAUCUUUACUAUAUGGGCGCUAAGGGUACACGCAGAGCGAUAUCACAUCAGAGAAGAUGUCACAUAUUUUUCUAGCAUUCUUGUUUGCCUUGCAAAUUCAUUAUGCUAGGUGAUUACCCGCUGGCGGGACAUGCUAAGCUGCCAUUGUUUUGUUCGUGCAUUCUCUUGUGUUGUAAGGAGUUUUUCUUCUACCACUAAGUGCAUGGUAGUUAUGGUCGUUGAUGGUGAUAUUGUGGUUACCCCAAAUGCACUCAAGGGCCACUUGAGCAGCCUUAAUCAGAUAACGGGUGGCUGCAGCGAUUAUUGAUUAGAUACCGGACAUUCCGUCUCCUUUCACAUGGGCUGCAUGGCUGCUUUCUAAUUUGACUACGUCCUCCUUGGCAGUUUAU